CAGGAGGAGCCCCGAGCCGCCUCCAUGAGUCACCGCUCCAUCCACUGGUUCCGGAAGGGACUGCGGCUGCACGAUAACCCCGCGCUGCUGGCGGCCAUGAGCGACUGCGCCGAGCUGCACCCCGUCUUCAUCCUGGACCCCUGGUUCCCCAAGAACAUGCGCGUCAGCGGCAACCGCUGGAGGUUCCUCAUCGAGGCGCUGAAGGAUUUGGACGAUAACCUCAAAAAAAUCAACUCCAGGCUGUUUGUGGUCCGCGGGAAGCCCGUCGAGGUCUUUCCGGUUCUUUUUGAGAAGUGGAAGGUGACGCGCCUGACCUUUGAGGUGGAUACAGAGCCGUACGCCCGGCAGAGGGACGCGGAGGUGGAGAGGCUGGCGUCGGAGCGCCGCGUGGAGGUCAUCCAGAGGGUGUCUAAUACCCUGUACGACACGGACAGGAUAAUCGCCGAAAACAACGGCAAAGCGCCCCUGACCUACGUCCGGAUGCAGGCGGUCCUGGCUUCCUUGGGGCCCCCGAAGCGGCCCCUCCCGGCCCCCACGCUGGAGACCACCAAGGGCUGCUGCACCCCGUGGAAAGCGUGUUAUGACGCGCGGUAUGGAGUACCCACGCUGGAGGAGCUGGGGCAGGACGCGGGGGCGCUGGGACCUCGUCUGUACCCCGGAGGGGAGAGCGAAGCACUCAAGAGACUGGACCUUCACAUGAAGAGAACGGCCUGGGUGUGCAACUUCAAGAAGCCGGACACGGAGCCGAACUCCCCGUCUCCCAGCACCACCGUCCUCAGUCCCUACGUGAAGUUCGGGUGUCUUUCGGCGCGGACCUUCUGGUGGAGAGUGGCGGAAAUUUACCAAGGGAAGAAGCACUCGGACCCCCCGGUGUCGCUCCACGGGCAGCUGCUGUGGCGGGAGUUCUUCUACACGGCGGGCGUCGGGAUCCCGAAUUUCAACAAGAUGGAAGGGAAUCCGGUCUGCGUCCAGGUGGACUGGAGCGACAAUAAGGAGCAUCUGGCGGCCUGGAGCGAGGCCAGGACUGGAUUCCCGUUCAUAGACGCCAUUAUGACGCAGCUGAGGACGGAGGGCUGGAUCCAUCACCUGGCGCGGCACGCCGUCGCCUGCUUCCUGACCCGCGGAGACCUCUGGAUAUCGUGGGAGGAAGGUCAGAAGGUGUUUGAGGAGCUGCUGCUGGACGCCGACUGGUCUCUGAACGCCGGGAACUGGCAGUGGCUCUCCGCCAGCGCGUUCUUCCACCAGUUCUUCCGGGUCUACUCCCCCGUGGCGUUUGGGAAGAAAACCGACAAAAACGGAGAUUAUAUCAAGAAAUAUCUGCCCGUCCUGAAGAAGUUUCCGGCCGAAUAUAUCUACGAGCCGUGGAAAGCCCCCCGCGGCCUGCAGGAGAGAGCCGGCUGCGUUAUCGGCAGAGAUUAUCCGAAACCCAUCGUGGUGCAUGAGGCAGUCAGCAAAGCGAACAUCCAGCGCAUGAAGGCCGCGUACGCCCGGAGAUCUGGGGCCGAGGAGGAAAAGAGCGGGAAAAAAGGCGUGAAGCGGAGAGGAGCCGCCGGCCCGUCGGUCUCUGAGCUCCUCAAGAAAAAGACAAAGCCUGUAAAGGAUUAAGAUCCGGAUCACCGGAAAGCGCCGUGCGGGGAAGCAGCGGAAUUCCCAGCGCUGCGCUUACAUGGGAAGACACAAGAAACGGGGAAAAAAUCCCAAUAAAAAACUACAGCCAAAGAUGUACAUUUCUGAGUAGGGGGCCCUAAGGAUGUGCUUAGGAAAUAUACACUGCCCCCAAGAGCUUGCAAUUAAUACUCUUAUGAGAAUUUUGUUACAAAGCAUCGGGGAGCUGGGAAUGUGUCUGGGAGCUCGUUACGGCCCUUUGUCUACAUUGUCUUUCUAAAUAAAGUUUUUUUGUAAUGUU